CCAACGAGAGAUGCUGUGAGGGGGUGUGACUCCAGCACAACUUCCUUUCGAGGUACAGCAAUAUGUGCGUUAUACGCAGCGAAUAGAGCUGUAUGCACCGUUGUUCUCCUGCAGCAAGUCGGAAACGUUCCAGCAGCUAGAAAAAAUGGCAUCCGAAAACACUUCCCAGACGGCGCCUCACCCGUUCCACUCGUCGGCCGAGGCUCGCGACCCAGCUACGAAUCUGUCAGAGGCUGUGGCAGAUAAGCUCAGGGUGCAGGACGGAACCGAUGCGAAGCUAAAGGCCCCAAAGGCCAACAAAGAUAAGAAGGGAAAGGGAGAUGCCAGUGGAGUGCCGCUAGAGUUCACUCCAACGCCAAGUUUCUUCUCGCAUCGUAUUCAGUUGUUUGAGAAGCUCAAAGCGGAGCAAGAUGCGCACGCAGCAGCGCAGCCACGAGACGGCAUCAACAUCACCCUGCCAGACGGGAGCAAUAAGCCGGGCAAGGCGUGGGAGACCUCUCCAAUGGAUAUUGCCAAAGCGAUCAGCAAGUCUCUUGCCGAGCGCAUCGUCAUCUCCAAAGUCGACGACGAGACUCUCUGGGACCUCGAGCGUCCGCUGGAGAAAUCAUGCAAGGUAGAAUUCUUUGAUUUCAACUCAGACGAGGGAAAACGUGUCUUUUGGCACUCGUCUGCACAUGUGCUCGGCGAGGCGGCUGAGCAGCACUAUGGCUGCCAUCUCUGCAUCGGACCGCCCACAUCGGAAGGCUUCUUCUACGAGAUGGGUAUGGGAGAGAGCGAGGGGCGAAUGACUCGUCAGGAGGACUUCCCGGCGCUAGAGACGCUCAUCUCAAGAGCGAUUAAGGAAAAGCAGCCGUUCGAACGACUGAAGGUCACCAAAGAGAACCUGUUGGAGAUGUUCAAAUACAAUAAGUACAAGCAGCACAUCAUCAACUCUAAGAUUCCAGAUGGUACCUCUACCACGGUCUACCGCUGCGGGCCUAUGGUUGACCUCUGUGUCGGUCCCCACAUUCCCCACACGGGCCGAAUCAAGGCGAUGAGCGUGCUGAAGAACUCGGCAUCAUAUUUCCUCGGCGACCAGAACAAUGACUCACUGCAGCGACUCUACGGAAUUUCCUUCCCUGACACGAAGCAGAUGAAGGAGUACAAGCAGUUCCUCGAAGAGGCCGCCAAGCGCGAUCACAGAAAGAUUGGCAAGGAGCAGGAGCUGUUCUUCUUCCACGACAUGUCACCUGGCUCGUGCUUCUGGCUUCCGCACGGCAUGCGCAUCUACAACUGUCUGACGGACUACAUCAAGGGUGAGUACAGGAUGCGCGGCUUCACCGAGGUGGGUUCGCCCAACAUGUACAACAGCAAGCUGUGGGAGACCUCCGGGCAUUGGGCCAACUACAAGGACGACAUGUUCACGCUCACCGUCGACAAGACCGAAACGUUCGGCCUCAAGCCGAUGAACUGCCCUGGCCACUGCCUGAUCUUUGGCAGCAGAGACCGGAGCUACCGGGAGAUGCCCAUGCGUUUGGCCGAGUUUGGUGUCAUCCACAGGAAUGAGGCCAGCGGUGCCCUCAGUGGCUUGACCAGAGUCAGGCGCUUCGUCCAAGAUGAUGCGCACAUUUUCUGCAUGACUUCGCAGAUCGAAGAGGAAAUGGCGAGCUGCUUUAGCUUCCUCGACGCUGUGUACGGCAAAUUCGGGUUCACCUUUAAGCUCGGCUUGUCAACGCGCCCAGAAAAAUUCAUCGGCGACAUCCCUGUCUGGGAUGCAGCGGAAGCGCGUCUCAAGUCUGCGCUCGAGAAGUUCGUCCCAGGGAAGUGGGAGACCAACCCGGGUGACGGAGCCUUCUAUGGGCCCAAGAUCGACAUUGACAUCCAGGACGCCAUGAAGCGCUCCUUCCAGUGCGCAACCAUCCAGCUUGACUUUAAUCUGCCCAACCGCUUUGACCUGCGUUUCCGGUGCCAGCCAGGCACGGGCACGCUAGAGAAUGGCGACUCAGACCGCCCGGUCAUGAUCCAUCGCGCUAUCCUCGGCUCCUUGGAACGUUUCAUCGCCAUUCUUACGGAGCACUUUGCGGGCAAAUGGCCUUUCUGGAUGUCACCGCGGCAGGUCGUCGUCAUUCCCGUCACGAACUCGGUCUUUGACUAUGCAGAAGAGGUCAGGCGCACGCUGUGGGGCAAGGGACUCUAUGCAGAUGUCGACCUCUCAGACGCCACACUGCCGAAGAAGAUCCGCAAUGGAGAGAUCGCGCAGUACAACUUUAUCCUAGUCGUCGGCCAUGAAGAGAAACAGGAUAAGAGCGUUAAUGUCAGGAAUCGGGACAAUAUCGGGCAAAAAGGACGCGACGAGAGGAAAGCCCUGGCGCAGAUCGUGGAUGCGCUGGUUGCGCUUAAGGACAGCAAGAGCCUCGAGAACAAGUUAAAUGUGUAGAAUGUACCUGCAGUAAUGCAUGAUAUAGGGGC